GAAGGCCGAGGCCGCGCCUAACUCCUCCCAUUUUUCACGGGGGCUGGCUUCGUCGGUAGGUUUUAGAGAGAGAGACAGAGAGAUAGAGAGAGAGGUCGGAGUAGGUACGGGAAGCUGCGAAAAGAGAUUUCCUGCGAGCUGCGCAGGUACGGGGAGCUUCAAGAUUUCCGGCGACGGUAGCAAGGCAGGGAGAGAGAGAUAGAGAAACACAUUGGAGCAGAUAGAGAGAGAGAAUGGAAAACGGAGGAGGAAGGGAACCUGACGAAUGGGAUUGGGAUGAUCCAAUUAACGAAGAAGAGCUUGAUGCUGCAUUCUCUCUCGCUGAAUCCAUCUCCUCACGCAAGCGCCAAAACCCUUGUCUCAGUCAUGUAGAUGACGACGACAGGGACCGUCAUCGAUCUAGGGGUCGUCGUUUACCCAAUUGGGUAGUGGCCACAUCAGCCUCGAGAAAUCGAGCCACCCAGUCUCAAAAUUCUCUCUCUGCAGACCACCGUCACCAUCUUCACCCAAUCUUGGACGGUCAAAAAGACUCAACGGGUAGCCCAAGAGACGUACAUUGUGAUCUCCUUCCUUCUCCUUGCCGAUUUAGCUCACAGGUGAAAUAUCCCGUGAUGAGAUUUGGGGGUCGCAUUGUAUACUGUAGAACAUUUCGUGAAGUAGAGAAGGCCACAAUGGAGCUUCUGGAGACAAUUAAAGCGAAUGAACCAAAUAUCGAUCAAAUUCCUCUUGGACUUGACAUAGAAUGGAGGCCCACAUUCAGGCGAGGUUGUUUUAGAGAAGCCCAAGGAAAGGCUUCGGUUCUGCAGUUAUGCAUGGGCACUGAUAACUGUUAUGUGAUGCACAUCAUUCACUCUGGGAUUCCUCCCAUUCUGCAAUCUCUUUUGGAGGACAGCACAUCUGUCAAGGUUGGAGUUUGUAUAGCCAAUGAUGCAGUGAAGGUUAUGAAAGAUUAUAAUGUCUGUAUCAAAGCCUUGGAAGACCUGUCUGGCCUUGCAAAUAUAAAGCUUGGUGGAGUUCCCAAGAAGUGGAGCCUUGGUUCACUAACUGAAACGCUCACCUGUAAACAGUUGGAGAAACCCAACAAAAUCAGAAUGGGAAACUGGGAAGCCAAUGCAUUAUCGAAGGGGCAACUCCAGUAUGCUGCUACAGAUGCUUUUGCUUCUUGGUACUUGUAUCAGGUGCUAAAGAGCUUACCAGAUGCAGCUAACGACCAAGUUGUGGAGGAGAAAGCAAAUGGUGUACAUGAUCACAAGGAUCCUUGAAUACAGAACGACUCGCUCAAAUCAUAAUGGCCCUGCUGAUCAGCACAAAUGCAGUUUGCUGAUUUGUAGGUUCCUGUACCCGUGGUUUGGUGAUCCCAAAUGUUUGAUCAGAUGGGCCACAACAUGUGUGGGUGAAUUACUUGAGCAACAUCCAGAUUAGAAGAUCUUAACCUUUCAAAAGAUGGUCUAGGAAUAGGUGGUUAAGGAGAGAA